AUGGAAGAAAACAAGAAAGGAAAUAAGGAAGGAAUUGGAAGAAAUAAGGGGAAGAGGAAAAUGAGAGAACUUCAGAAGGAAGGAAUUUUUAUGGAAAGGAAUGAACAAUGGAAGAAAACAAGAUACAAAAUGAAGGAAGGAACGAAAGAUGGAAGGAAGGAAGGGAAUAAAAGGGAAGGAAGGAACAGAAGAUUUCAUUAUGUGAAGAGCACGUCUAGUAAUCCUCUGAAUUUUUACACCUGGAAUAUUUCCUGGAUUAUGAGGGAAGUGUUUUCAUACAAUGGUGCCAGACCCAAACACGAGUUCAACUGUAAUUUCGAAUCCCACUGUGAUCUGGAACAUUCUCCUUCCCAAAAUAACAACACAUGGAGAGUUACCAAUGCGGAGGAGUUAUCGAGGCACAAAAUCAUGACUGGUCCAACUGAAGAUUAUUCUGAGAACUCAACAAGAGGAAAUUUCUUGUUCUUCACAUCCUUUGGAGGUCAAAGUCCCACAGUGGUCAGUCCAUGGCUGAGGAGCAACAACCCAAACUGCAAAGUGGAGAUGGCCGUUUUCCUCCAGAGAACCGGGAAAUAUUCUCUACGUCUUCAUCCAGACAACGUGGUGAUUUACUCCAUGGAGGCGCCAAGGAUACAGGAGAAAAGCCGGUGA